CAAGUAGUUUACGUAACUUUUUUUGUUGAAUAAUUCCAGAUGAACUAUUAUUAUUAUUUCCACUAGUAGAAUUAGUAUUUAAAGCAACGUGUUUUUAAUAUGUUUUACAACAUGUCUGCAUAGCCAUACAUUCCAUUUCGGAGGGCCGGCAUAGUGCCACCUGGUGGUUUGUGUUAAUGUCAUAAAAAAAAAAAUGUUUUACUGAAACAAUUAUAUAAAAAUGUUUUUGUUUUGAUCUCGAAUAACAAACCAUACAAAUGCAGAUGAGAGGAAGUGUCCUCCUCCUGGGGCUGCUUGUUUAAAACAUCAAACCCACAGCCUCAUGUCAGAUAUAAUGGUUGAUGUGAAAUGUUGUGAAGCCACUUGGGUAAACAACAAAUGGCUAUUAAGAGAUGAAGUGUAAAUGCAGAUGAUGAUUAAUGGCUGCUGCCGCUGCCGAGUCGCACUAAGUCCGCCUUUUACUUGUGGCGUUGAGGAGGAGCUCAGUUGUUUAUUCAUUCACGUCAGCCCCUCUCUUCCCUUCCCUCCUUCCUGCUACACACAACGGGGACCCACCGUUGUAACUGUGUUUCCCAGGUCCACGUCCACCGCAGCCACGUCGCCACCAUAAACCGAUUUUGGAACCAGGAGGAGGCGAGCCGGCGCCUGGGUAGAUGUGAGCCCAAGGUAAUGGCCAGGCUGGUGGACAUAGGCACACAGACAGAUCCAGUAGUUGUGCUGUCCUUGGCCCAGGCCGCCGUGCUAGGUCUCAUCUCUCAGAAUGAAGUGUUUGGAGCUACAAUUGCACCCAACGGCUUCUAUACCGGCGAACCCAAAGAGUCCCCCGCGCCCCCAGUAGACGGAGUCGACUACGAGUACGCAGACCAGCUUAUCGGAGCCAACGGAGAUUACUUAGGAGACAAUUUGGGAGAAGACGGUCAGAUGCAGCCCAGCUGUAGUCAGAGGAGGUGGCAUCAGGGGCCACCCCAACAUCCAGAUGUGAAAAUGGUUGGCCCCGAUCGUCACAGCCUUCAGGCCGGUGACGUGUCCUUGUCCCACGUGAAGGGGGAAGGGGUAAACUCUGGAUUGUCGUCCUGUGUCCACAUUCUUAACAACAUGGCCCCAAGAGGUGGUUUAGUACAAGUCGAUCCAGCAACCCUUAGAGGCACCAACAAGAGCUGUGCAGAGUGUGAGCGGGAGGUAACAAACCAGCCGCCAGCCAACGCACACGUUCAUCCUCCGCCCUCACAGGUGGGCCAUAGAGGAGGGGAGCAGGGCCACAGAGGACUGCAGGCCCAGCGUCCUAUUGUGGGCCACAGUCGAGUUGGGCGAGAGGAUGAAGAAGAGGUGGAACACCAGGGGAACAACAUGAUGAAGCCCACACAGCAGGAUGAAGCCAUCAGCAGCUACUUCCAGACCAGUGAAGUUGGCAGCUAUGAUUCGGGAGAAAUGGGAAUGGGGGGCGAGUACGAAGAGAGCGGCCAGAGCAUGAUGUGGACAGAUGGGACUGGAGGAGCGCAGCACCAGCAGCCUCCACAACCACAGCCGCCUCGUCGGCACGGCGGUCGCCGAGUAGAUCGGCUCGAUAUCAACAUCCAGAUUGACGAAUCUUAUUGCGUAGAUGUGGGAGACGGUCUUAAGCGUUGGAAGUGCCGCAUGUGUGAUAAAUCUUACACUUCCAAAUACAACUUAGUCACACACAUUCUGGGCCACAAUGGCAUCAAACCACACGCCUGCCCUCACUGCGGGAAACUGUUCAAGCAGCCCAGUCACCUCCAAACCCACCUGCUAACCCACCAAGGUACGCGGCCCCACAAGUGCACCGUCUGCAAGAAAGGCUUCACUCAAACCAGCCACCUGAAGCGACACAUGCUCCAGCACACUGACGUAAAGCCCUACAGCUGCCGCUUCUGCCGCCGCGGAUUCGCCUAUCCCAGCGAAUUGCGAGCACAUGAGGUGAAGCAUGAGCGGGGUCGCUGCCAUGUGUGCUCACAGUGCGGCAUGGAGUUCCCGACCUACGCCCACCUCAAGCGCCACCAGACAAGCCACCAGGGCCCCCACACCUUCCAGUGCACAGAGUGCAACAAGUCGUUUGCGUACCGUAGCCAGCUCCAGAACCACCUCCUGAAGCACCAGAGCCCAAGGCCUUACACCUGCUCCCAGUGCGGCCUGGAGUUUGUUCAACUCCACCACCUUCGUCAGCACUCACUCACUCAUAAGGGAAUGAAAGGCCACAAGUGUGAUGUGUGUUCACGAGAGUUCACCCUGUCUGCCAACCUGAAGAGGCACAUGCUCAUUCACAACAGCGUCCGACCCUUCCAGUGUCACGUCUGCUUCAAAAGCUUCAUCCAGAAACAGACCCUCAAGACGCACAUGAUCGUCCACCUACCUGUCAAGCCAUUCAAGUGCAAGGUAUGUGGCAAGUCUUUCAACAGAAUGUACAACCUGCUGGGCCACAUGCACCUCCAUGCUGGUAGUAAGCCUUUCAAGUGUCCUUACUGCACCAGUAAAUUCAACCUGAAGGGGAACCUCAGCAGGCACAUGAAGGUCAAACAUGGGAUGGAAGUUUCACCAGAGGGACAAGAUGUCCUUCCAGAAAUGGAGAGCCAGGGGGAGUAUGAAGGACAGAACUUCAGCUUCACUUCACCAGACAGUAUGGACAAUGGUGGCUCCCAAAACCUCACCAAACUAACCACAGCAAACAUGGAAGACAUGGAGGAGUAUUACAACUUCAGCAAGGAUACAAGCAGCUACACUACACCCUGAGUGGUGGUUGACCAGAGAACAGGAUUUUUUUGUUUAUUUUCAAAGCAGAAGGAAAUUACAGAUGCUCUUGUUAAGGCUGUGGGAGACUCUGGGGAAGGGGUUUUCUUUUAGUUUUGGCCUCGAUCCAGAAGAGCCAGAACUGCCAGACUCUGACUGGAGGCCGGGCAGCAGACACACUUCAGAGGAGACGUUUCAGCUCUGCAGAGCAGAGACGCUGAAACCGCUGACGUCGUGUGGAGCUCCUUUUUUGGGGAUUGCUACUCUAACCAACUCUAUGACUCGGACAGUGAAACCUGUAUGUUGUGUGUAUGUAUCAGUUAUUUGAGAAGAAGAGGAAGAAGAAGACACAAAAGAAAAAACAUUGCAGUUGCAGAGACAUCAGUUACAUUUGAUGUGAUAGAAAUUUGUAAACUAUUCAGCCACUUUUCUGUCAUUCACAACCAAUGUAUGCCCUUAUAUUUUUGAAUGAAAAUGCCAGUUGGAUACAUUUGCCGAUAAGUUCCUCCAUGUUGGCUAUUUACUCACUGUAUAUGGAACUUUUGAUACAUAGUCACAACAUAUUCAUAGGUGUGAAUGCUCUUACUAAACAGAUCCUAGUCAUGGUUACCUGUUCCUUCCAAGCCCUCAGUUUAACACAGUUCACACAGGCCAGUAUUUCAGUGCGUUUAUGUUUUGUUUUGUUUUUUGCACGGGACAUUGUAGACUUUUUCUUCAUAGAGCACUUAUUACCAAAGUUGCUUCUGUCCCAUGUUGGCUGACACCAGAAAUGAGCCCUCUCACAACAAGGCUGCAACAUGCAGUGUGUUUACCCACAGUUUAUAGUUUUCACAAUGGUUUGGCUUUACAUUUAAUAAUCAAUCCUGUGUAGUGAAUAUACUGCUCUAGCUUUUGAAUUACUGAGUGAACAAUACAAAGCACUUUUUCAUUGAGUUCUGUUGUUUUUCUGUGAAGCCGUCUUCAGUACGGGUGGACUCGUUUGCCUACAGGAGCCUUCUCAGCCUAGAAGUUUGGAGGAAAUCAGGUGAUAGAAUAUUUAAAAGCCCAUUCCGGCAAUAUUAUUCAAAUCAAACAGAUAUUCUUUCUCAAUAGGUUUGUUAAACUGCGGUUUAACAAACCUAUUUCAAAGUAUUUCAAUUCACAUACGAUGUGAAGAAUGAGCGAUUCGAACAGAAACUCUGCAGUCUCUUUUUGUUUCCUUGUUGUUGUUGUUUGUAGUAUCAGCACUCUUAAAUGCAGGACUGUAUUCACUUCACUCUCAAUUCAAUUAAUUCAGAAAAAUAGUUCCUCCCUUAAGGGAAAAAAACUGAAAUAGAAAUUAAAGAGAAGCAGUGGAAUAUUUGGAGCUUGUCCUGGUUAUGUUUUGUUGAACGUUUGAAUUGAAAUUGGACUGACAAUAGUCCUGCUCUUCAUCAUUCUGUUUUGGGGAAGACAGUCAGCUCCCCCUGUCCUGCCAUGCAGGUCAGCCUUGAUAUGCACACUUACCCAGAGGAAUGGUGGACUACUUCUUUUUUCAGAUGAGGGAAUAUAAAACUGAGACCUCAUGGAAAUUGACCAUCAAUUAUUUAAUAAAGGUUCUCUAGUUUAAAUGA